UUCAACAAAAUCCACAAUGUCUGCAAUUCCACAAUAAAAAUAUGAUUCAAUAGACCAAAAACCAUCUUACCUCAAAAACUGUUUAAUAUUUGGGCCUUCAGUACCAUAUAGCUACUUACCAAAUUCAAUCAUGAGUAGGAGAAAUAAUAAAAAACUGAACUUGAAAGGAAAAAGCUUAUUGGUGGCUCCAGAACACGGGCUUCUCAAUGAAACGGACUCUGACAACUCUGUUAUGUCCAACGACCAAGUCUUCAAGAGCCAGACUUUGGUGAUGGAUAUGCACGGAACGCAGCGGGAUGAACUGCCUGACAAUCCGCUUCCUGAGCAUGUCCAGGUGAAGACCCGGAAACUUCUAAAGAAGAAGCGGACCAGACCUGAUCCAGCUCAACCGGGGCAGGACCCGAGUGCAGGCAGCUUGACCAGCAGUUCAGAAAGCUCCGUCGUGCCACCAGCGCCUGAGAAACAGGAGGAGUUCUUCGAUGCCCAUGAGAGCUAUUACAAUAUUCAAGAAGAUCAAGCAAGUACAACGCCCAACGCUUCCAUCCCUACCAAUCCUCCCCUACCUGUCACCGUUACCUCAAAACAACCAGUGAACCCCGAAGCCCUACGCCUGGCCACGCCACAGAACUCCCCACAGGACAAGCGAGCGCCCGAGACCACUGUAGUAGCAGCGGCCCCGGAGGUUGCUCCGGUCGCUACUACUCAAGACACCGCGACUGGGCAGACUCCUCUCACGAGCGCUAAACCUAUACGCCCGAGCAAUCCAGAGUAAUUCUACGCCAGCUAUCGGAUACAGGAAACCCAUAACUACAGAUAAAAUGACCACCGUUUAAAUUUGACACAAAAAAUAUCACAAUAAAAAUUGAAACAG